AUAGGCCUUACCAGAAUGGAGUCACAGAAGGUAAAAAGCACUCAUAAAAGCUACAAAGCUUUUUCGAAAAGUCACAGGAAGAGCAACCAUCCCACUCAGGUGCCCAGCUACAAGAAAUCCUCAUCAAACAAGCACAAGAAGUGACUUGGCUCCCGAUUUGUUGAUGACUAUUUCGACAAAAUAUUUGAACAAGACUCUGGAAUGAACCUUAAAAGAAUCAACCUUGAUCAUCUCAAGACCAAGUUGACACCCAGAGAGAGUCUAUUUAGCAAGAAGUAAUGAAAUUGCUCAGAAUAAUGAAAGUAUCGAUGAAACUUACUGCCCCAGCAUGGUUUCUGAUCUGGAAGAAAAGAAUCGGAAGUCCCAAACAGCUGGCUUAAAAUUAUGCUUCAACUGUGAUAAAUAAAUUCACAUUCUUUAAUAAGAAAAGUUGUAAACUCUGAAAGCAUUACUUCUGAUCUAAAUGUGUGAAGAAGAUCACCAGUGAAAAAUAUGGCAAGAUUCGGGUCUGUGAUAAUUGACAAAAUAUGCAUGCUAAGCUUGAAAAAGUCAGAAAUAAACGUAAGGAGCUUGAUGACAAAGAAAAGUCAAAGCAGCUUGAGAGGUGGCAAGGAGAAUUUGUAGAAAAAUCGGAAGAACGUAUCUCAAAUCUUGCAAAAUCCAACUCCUUUGAUCGUAAUUUAAUCAUGAGCCAGUCCAUUGAAUCCUAUGAUGCUAAAAUUAGCAAUAAUGAGUUUGAGUAUCAAGAUAAAGAAACAAGUGGAGUGGGCUUCAAGACGCUGGAUUAUGCUAACUCAGCUAAUAACAACAGGAAAUCUGAAUUUUUGAUUUCAGAAACUCAGCCGGCUUCUCAGAGAGAAAGAGGGCUAUUCCAAGGAUUGACCAUGAGGAAGGUUACACAUGAUGUAGAUAUGAAGAAAAAGACACCCACUAAAGCUUUACCGAAGAAGCCAGCUAAGAAGCUUAAUCAUCAGCUCUUGAAAGAGUAUGAGAGCCAUCAAAAUUACAUUGAUGAAUUUCCUUCUAUUGAGUCACGAAUUCCAAAGGAGAGUUAUAUAGAAGGUAUUACUGAGCUGAAUGACAUUGAAAGCUGCCCUGAAGCGACCAAUAGGUAUCUGGAAGAGAAAUAUCUAUCCAGAAAGUUCUUAAAAUCGGACAUUUCGGAACUUACAAGACCUGAAAAUGAGUUUAUCUCAGGUCUAAGGUUUGAGUUUAUUAUAAACAAGAUCCUCUACAGCAACAGUGUUCGUCACAAAUGGUAUUACCCGAUCCAUUCAUUUGUGGAUAAAAUCACCAGGACGAUUAAGCCUCCGAAGCACUUGCCCAACGAAUUGGUUCAAUUCAAAGAUUUCGUGACUAUCAAAAAAGUAAAAUGGUCGAAUCACCUAAAAUGCGAAUAUAUCUCAGGUAUGGUUCUUCAGAACUAUAUUGCUGACCGUCGGAUGCGUCAGAACAUCCUAAACCCUCAGAUCAUCCUGGUGGAGGGAGAUCUCACUUUUGAGAAAUAACCGCAAGAACUGAAUCGACAUUGACAGCAUCAUGAAACAGGACAAGACUUAUGGAAAGAUUAUUGAGAAAAUCAUAAACAGGGCGAAACCUGAUAUACUUGUGUUUGAAGGUUCGGUCUCACGUAAAAUUGUGGAGAUCAUUCGUGACUGAGGCUGUACUCUUGUCAUGAAUGUCGGAAAGCUGGAUAUGCAAAGCCUCUCGUAUCUAACCAAUGCUGAUAUCAUUCCCUCAAUUGAGUUCUUAAACGAGGAUUUUAAGAAAGGAACUUGUGAGGAAUUUAUUGUCCAAGACCAGAUGGGAGGAAAGAGAUAUCCCAAAAAUGCCUCCUCAUACCUCCAAAGUCUAGUCAUCUUUAAAGGCUGAGACCCAUCCUUAGGCUGCACAGUUACCUUUAGUGGAAUGGAUACAGAUGAACUUGAUUUAAUUGAAAAAGUAUUCGAAAGAGUUUUAGUAGCAUGCAGACAGUAUAAACUCGAGAUGGAGUUUGAAAGAAAACAAUAUGCCUCUAUGAUGCACAAAACCUAUGUACUAAAAGAAGGGAUGAGCCAAAACAUGUCCCAGCUUAUCUACGAAUCUGUGGUUAUUUAA